UGCAGCGGCGGGGGCGGCUGGCUGCCCCCCGCCGUGCGGGUCUCCCACCCCCGGGGCGGGCGCCGAGGGGGAAGGCGCUGCCCCUCGGCGAACCGCCGGUCCAGGGGGAGGGAGGAGGAGGAGGAACGGCCGCGGCUGGAAGUCAGUCAGAGAAAAUACACCGGAGCAGCGGAGGGAGACGGAGUAGCGCUUUAGUUUUGUUUUGUUUUUUUUUUUCAUGUGAGUCUCUUCUCCCCGUGGAAGGCUUUGGUAGAAAUCCAGGAGGAAUUUCAGCGGAUUCGAGCCAAAUAACGUUUCCGUCUAAAUAUACCUCGUGCUUCCUUUUGCGCAUUUUCUUGCAGACGGGGCUCAGCUGAAGCCAGCCCUCCCCUUCGUGCCUAUCGUAAAACGCUGCCGUGCAAAGGAGUCAGGCUGCGGCUACCCGGAGGCUGCCGACAGCAGCCUGGGCGGCCCUGGUGAGCAGCGGCAAGUUCUGUCCUACUCUCGCCGUUUCAAGAUAAAACAUCAGCGACAUUGAGAGAACUGUGUGGGCCAGAUUGGUUAUGGAAGAGCAGAUCUGUGCCAGAAAAGGAAGUCCAUCAUCCUGCUGUGAUUCACAGGAAGGUCUACCAGUCAUGAAACGAAUUCUUCUGUUUUUUAUCCUGGCUGCUGCUGUUAUGUAUGGUAUACUUCAUGGAAAUCUGUGGAGAAAUAACCUUUAUUGGAUUAGCUUUUAUGGACAGACUUCCUCUGUGAGGGCUUCUCCAUCCUAUGAGACUAGUGGAGUUACCCAGCUGCCACCUACGGCUGUGGAGAGAAGGAACGUGCUGGACUCUUGCCUCCUGAAACCAGCAUUUGAAUCUUUACUGGGUGCUGAGAAAAUAUACCCGUUCCUGUGCGCUAAUGAUUUUAUCAGAGUGGCAGAGUUCCACGGGAGCAAUAAGUUUGAACUACCUUAUGGAAUAAAGAGAGCAGAGCCAUUUUUUCGUUUAGCCCUUUCAAGACUGCAAAACUGUGGACUUUCUAAUGAAGAUGACAGUAUUGCCUGUCGACGCUGUGUUGUGGUUGGUAAUGGAGGAGUACUUCGAAAUAAGACGUUAGGGGAGAAAAUUGACUCAUAUGAUGUGAUAAUAAGAAUGAAUAAUGGCCCUGUUAUAGGGUAUGAAGAGGAUGUUGGGAGGAGGACGACUUUCCGCCUUUCUUACCCGGAGUCUAUCUUCUCAGAUCCGAUUCACUACGAUCCUAAUACAACGGUUGUUCUCAUCGUCUUCAAACCACGUGACUUGAAGUGGCUUUGGGAGAUACUAGGUGGUCAGAAAGUAAGCGCUAAAGGCUUUUGGAAGAAACCAGCUCUGAACAUGAUAUACAAGUCUAGUCAAAUCAGGAUUCUUGAUCCCAGCAUCACCAGAAAAACUGCUUAUGAAUGGCUUAAUUUCCCAACAAGGUUUCCCAAAAAAGAGAAACCAAAGCAUCCAACAACAGGGCUAAUUGCCAUUACACUAGCAUUUCACAUAUGCCAUGAAGUUCACCUGGCAGGCUUCAAGUAUGACUUCACAGACAGAAACAGUUCCCUGCACUACUAUGGCAAUGACACGAUGUCUCAGAUGAUGCAGAACGAAUACCACAACAUCAACGCUGAGCAGAAAUUUUUGAAGAAGCUUAUAGACAAGAACUUUGUGGUCAAUUUGACGUGAAAGCUGAAUACAAAAUAUGAAGAACAAUGGCUAUUUUCAAGAUUUGAAAAAUUUUUAUUUUUUGUAUGACACUUUUAUUUUUUAAGUGCAGCAUAACUGUUUACUGUUUAAAAGGAGCACAGAAACCUCACUAAGGCAGAAGCUUCUUCUAAGCCUGAGGAUAAUGGACUAUUGCAAACGGAGUUAACUGAAUUUCUGUAAAGCUACUUAAUAAUGGGAAAACUCUGGAACUUUCAGCUGAAAGUAUCAGGGAUGUAUGUGAUGCACAUCACUUAUUUAUCAGCAAGAACUCUUUCCAAAUGAUUAUUUCUCUGGAAUACUUUUUUUUCUAGUGUUGUCCUCCAAGAGAGUUACUGUCAAGAGACUGAGACAGCCAGUUUUUGAUUAGUAGAUGGAUGUAAAGUCAUGAAUGUCUGUCUUGUGGUAUGAAAAUGGCUUUUAAAAUCAUGCCUAUAAACCAUUAAUGUGUUUUUGGGAGAAGGGGGAAGAAGCAGUGUACAGGUUUUGGCCUGCCUUGCUCUGAGAAGGGGAUGUCCAUCUUCAGUAAAGAAGCUACAGCUGCUGCACUGGCCAUCGACUCUGAACUGCUGCCUUCCUUUGCCAAAGGUGAAGGCCCUUUAGUCUGACUUGUGGAGAUGUUGGUUUUGACUAUGCUUGUUUUGUACCCAGUUGAUGGAAAACCAUCCUCCCUGUGCUGUGCGUCCAAUAAAUUUUACAGUUGGUAACUUGACUUCAAGAGAGAAUGAAGAUUGAAGAGUUGUCUUAACUACCUGUGUGUCAGCCGCUUCCCCCAGACCCCAAGAGAAGUGUGAGCUGGGACAGAGAUAUUCACACCUGAGUUUAAGUGUAGAGCCAAUGUUUGUUGGAUUUCUGGAUCUCCAGGAUAGGAACUCGUGUAUCUUUCUGUUCUCAGGAAGAAGUGGUGUAUUUUUCCAAACCAACACAAUUUCCUUUCUCAAAUGCUGUACUGCAUUUCUUCCUUUGAAAUGCAUCAAUGUGAACAAUGAAUGUUCCCAUUUUUUGCAGUAGUGAACUUCAGGGAAUAUCCAAGAUGUACCUCAGCUGAAUAAUCAUUUGGCUUCUGUUUACCUUUCCAGUCUUGACAUUUAGGUUUAAAGGAUGUGGCUGAACAAAAUAAUUUAGUGGUGAGAACUUACUUGGGAUUUUAAUUGAAACAUUUGAUGGGACACUUGUUUCCUGUAUUGGUUGGUCUCAGACGAGCCUGCUGAAUGAGGUAAAUCUGCCUGGGAGUGACCUUGACAACUGUUACAGGACAACACAUAACUGUGUUCUAAUUGAUUCAGAGUAUAAUUUUAUGCUGUGCCAGGUUUAUUUCAAGAUCUUGUGUUUACCUUGAUAAAUCAUACCUAAAGAAACACAAAAAAGUCCACUUAAAGUCUUUAACAUUGAUAGAAAAACCUUUUGUUGCUUUUUAAUAACAUGAUAUAGAGAGCUUUAGUAACAGUGCAAACCAUGAAAACAUGAACACAAACCACUAGCAGGUGAAGAGCACAGUAUUUGUAUUUUUCAGAAGCUGAAGAUUAGAGGAGUACUGAACACAAUUUCAUUGCUGCAGCAGUGCACUAGAGGAACGAGCAGUGAAGCAACCAAAGAGUCAUCUUUCUUUUUUCUCCUGUGGAGUGCAAUAGGUACUUUUAAAAUAGCUUCCUGUGAUUCUCAUCUCCCUCUUUAGCCCCUUGGCUCUGCCAUUUGGAAAUUGGUGAAUGCAGCCUGAUUUGGAAGGGAGCCACAGCCAAAGGGGAGGAGGCUUGUGCUCUUUGAGGGUUUUCAUCUAAUGACUCCUGAACUUUGGUCCAUUCAAGCAAAUUGGACACUGUCUGAAAUAACUCUGGAUGUCAUAAAAAGCUGUGGUGGGGGCAGGAAGGUACCCAGACAUGUCCCCAUCAAGGGACCUGCUAUGCCAUGGGGCUCAUCUGCUGCACUUGAUGCAGCAGAAGGUGGCUCCUUGUCUAGCUCUGUGCAGGGAGGCAGGCAAGAGUGUGGGGGAGAGGGGAGCACAGCAGGUGCUGGGGCACUAGUGCAGGUGACAGUGGUGGAAAUUGAGGAAAUCAGAAUUUCUUCACAUGGUGGCAGAAUGGCUCUUUCUCAGUUAAUCACUUAAAAAUAAAAAAAUUGCACAUUUCUGAGCCUCUGAGGAAGUCUGCUCAAAAAUUUUGACUAUAAACAGGUGGGGGUUUGCACCAGCAAUCAGUGAUAUUACUGUCUUUAGUUCUACUAGCAUUUAUUUCUCAUCAUUAUUUCAGUUAAUUAAAAAGUUUUGAAGUUUGUAUGUGACUCUGUAGCUGCAGACCUGCAGGACCUAACUAGUAGUCAAGUAGACCUUAACUACUGUCAAUUGUAAUGUCACAUGAAAAAAAUGCUGAGGUAAGGCUUUUUACAAAGGCUGUGGUGUUUUCCAAGCUCUCUGUGUAAAAGUCCUUGGUAGAUCUUAGACACUCUUGACAGCAGAGGUGGGGGCUGCCUCCUCUCUCUCAAAACCUGCUGUUGCUUCCAGAGCCAAGCCCCCUAGCUCAUCUGUAGGAUUCUGCCAGGGAUCCAGUUGCAUCCAUGUAACAUCACGAAGUACACUGACUGUGAGGAUUUUUUCCUGGACAGCUGUUGAAUUUGCCCUUUUCUCACAGUGUGGUGGUGCAGGCCGCUUCCCUCUGCUUCUCGGCCCCCGUAGAGGCAGGUGGGUAGGGAGCUCUGCUCCUGAGGAUUUUUUUCCUUUCCAGAAAUAUUCUUCCCACAAUACGUAACUGAUUUCUUCUUCUAAUUUUCCUAGGUUUUCUUCUUUUUUGAGAGUUUUGUUCUGCUAUAGUGAAUACCCUGAAAACAAUGGAAAAAAGCCUUCAUGGCAAGCAAAUUGUAUCCAUGUCUCCCCCAAUUUUUACUUGAGACUCCUUUAUUAUUAUCAUUUUACUACAUGAAUUUUUGUCACUGUUUAUUUUUUUUAUGAUGUUGGAUAAUCUCAAUGCAUUUAAUAUGCUGUCUACGAGCAUUUAUCCUUAUCAGUUGCUCCUUUUUAUUCUUAAUAAGCCUUCCUAUCUGUACGAUUGAAACUAAGCAGUACUCCCAGGGAUAUUUCCCCCCACUCUGUGCUCCUGCAGCAAUGUGGAGUCCGCAUGUGCCAAGGUUACUAUCUCGGGGUAGGUGACUGAGUAAUGUUUAGAGCCAGACCUGUUUGUUCACUCAGGAUGGAGCCAAGAGCUGAUACUGUUGAUAAACCGUGGGGCAGGAUAUUUGGUUUGUUUGUUGGGGGUUUUGUUUUGUUUUGUUUUUUGAAAGCGCAGCUUGCAGGCCAGUAGCUUCCCACCCUCCCAUAAGAUGUUUUGGUAGGAUUCUGUGUACACCAGCCCUGCUUUUUCACCCACUUCACACAGUCACUUCUUCCACCUUGAGGACAGGUGUUGCUUUUACAUUAAAGUGAUGCAGGUGAGCACACCUGUAUGCAGCGUGUUUCUCAGUAAUGCCCACAGACAGAUCAGUGUCUGUUCUAUCCAGGCACAUGUUUUCACAGGUAUUUUGCAAUACCAAAGACUUACCUUAGACUUCUUGAAAAAAGCAAUAAUGCUAACUCCAAAUGCUUAAACCUUUUCCAAGAGUGAGCUGCUAUUAAGAUUUUUUUUUUCCAUUUUUGCUAUUCCUGAAACUUCCCUUUAAAAGCUAUCCAGUUUUUUAAUCCCAGCGGCAAAGCUGCCAAUUUUGAAUCCCAGGGUGCUGCUGGCUUCAUGUCUGGUAAUAGUGUGACUAGAUAGGUAUUCAGUGUCUCCCAUCAUUUUUUUUCCUGUAUUAACUGAAAAGUCAAGUGAUCUCUUCUUUCUCUGUCCUGUUCUCCAGCAGCCUGCUAAAUUUCAAGGCAGUAGCACCUUGCAGCAAAGGUGCUCCUGCAUUUUAUCUGCCACUCCCCUCAAAAUGCGCCCUCAGAAGGACCCAGCUCUAACGUACCAAAGUACACAUAAAAUGGGCAGGAUGGUGUGCGUUGGCUGAAAGCUCUGUCUGGCUCAGACUUUUAGGGGUUUUCUGCUGGGAAAGUAUUUUUUUCUUCUGCUGUAAUAAUUCAGGGAGGUACAGAGAUAUGAUUUAAGGAGAAAGGUCACAAACUACUGCACAAAGUACAAAUUUAAGAGUGCCUAAAAAUUCUGCUAAAGAUCUUUUUUAGUGACUGUGUUGGUGGUGAUAAUACAGAAUCACAACUUUGGUGUUUAAUAAUUAGUGUGUGGCAGCUCUUGUCUCCUAUGCCAUGCUUUCCUUUUUAAUGAUGCCCUAGGAGGUAUUACAAAUAACUUUUAAGGGGACUCUGAUUUUUAAGAACAUACAAAGCUCAACGUCUGUUUUUGAUAUCAUUAAAUACUGAUUUUAUUUGACAUUUGUCUUAAGUUUUAUAUGCCUUUCAAGUGCCAGCUGUAUUUUGAAGACAUUCUUACAGUUGUUUCCAGUGACGUUUUGAAUGCUACAAAUGGAAAGAUGAAUUUUCUGUGAAUAAACUGUGUUAAAGACAAUGCCCUCAGGCUCAUCUUUGCAAGGUCAGUGCUGUGUGUGUAUGCAGAUGCGUACCUGUGCCCAGCACCAUUAUUAAUGCUGCUUAAAUUACACGGAGUGUUGUCUGAUACAGUAUUAAGUUUUAGAACAAACUUGGGUGCCUAGUAGAGCAAAUAGAGCUGAUUUGAACCAACGUAUGAGCUGUACUGUGGGUGGUGACCUCACUCCAGGCUGCAUAAAAGCAGAACUAGGACAUAGUUUUUGUGGGUAAGAUCAAGAGCAGCAUCCUCCUGAUCUUAAUUUUUCAUGUUUUUUUAAUCUUGCCUAUCUUAUUGGGGACUUUCAGGGGAGUGCUAAAAUAAAAGAUGUAUAACUAAGAUGAUGGUGCGUGAUGAAAAAAUUUAGACAGAAAUCUAUUUGUGCAGUAAAAAUGAGAUAUUGGGGAGUGGGAGCUGCUUAGCCCAUGGCUUCAGGGCAUCUGAGGGAGAUUUAGGAAAUUAUUACCUGACACAAGUAGGAAUUCAAUGCAUUCAUUUUAGUAUUGACAGUUGAGAAGUUUGACAGCCUGGAGGAAGUUCCUGUCUUUGAGGUGAGAUUGGGGGAAUGAUGGGUUGGUUAUAAUUUACUCCCUGCAAUGGAACCACAGUUGAAUAGUGAUACAGAUCAGUGACAAAUACGUUGUUGUUUUCACACUUGGUUUUUGCUGGAGGUGAAAAAAUGGGGAAGGAAUAGUAAAAGCUGUUUUCAAAUCACAGGGAGAUCCAGGGAUGUGGUGUGCCCAGGUGUCAGCCUGGGCAGUCAGCUCUGGCUUUUCCAGCUAGUACAAACCCUUCACGGCACCACCUCCACAGGCAGCUGAUGUCUUGGCUUCCUGUGCACUGCCCCUGUGCCUUUUUAAUCUGCACUCCUGUGUUAGCUCUAGCUGAGUAGGUGCCUGUCCUCACGGGAGCCCCUUGCUCUGCGUGUUCCCCCCAGCCCCUCUCUUCCACUCAAUGUGAUGCCAGGACAGUGCCUUUCUCCAGUGUCUUAGGGCAGGUUUUGCUAGGAGAGGGGAUCUAAAAGAAAAGGGUAUCUCAUCCCUGGAAGUGUUCAAGGCCAGACUGGAUGGGGCUUUGAGCAAUCUGCCCAUGCAGGGGGUUGGAACUAGAUCAUCUUGACCAUCCCAACCCAAACCAUUCUGUAAUUCUAUGAUUUUUCUUUCAUAUGAGGCUACCAGUGGUUUCAGAGUCCUUGUGGUCUGUUGUGUGAUUUCAACAGGUCGAGUGUUCCUUCGAACAGUUCUGCUCAAUGAAGACAGGACAUUUUAUUUUUAAAGAUAUUUAAUAAGAUAUUUUUUUCAAAUCAGUACAAAAAUUUUAAAUACAAAAUUAUUUGCUUUUGACAUAUCUCAUUCUGGGAACAGGCCAAAGUCACCAAUGCCUGGUAAACUGUCCAUCCAUUCCUGCCACCGUUCCGUAAAAUUUCUGAGAUAAAGCACCACAUUAUAUCACUGGAGUCCUUAGUCAAUGUUAGACUGCAUUAAACUCUGCAUUUAAAUAAUGGUAAUGCCAGUUAAAUCCAAUCUUAGUUCUGCAUGAAAAAUCUAGUUAAUUUUUGAAUCAAAAGCGGUAGCGUUAGCUAAAGACACUGAAGAAGUGAUGAGUAUUUAACUCUUUCAGCUAGUGUAACAGUGUGUGAUGUGCAGCACUGUACAGGGAACCACAGCAAAGUGCACUGCCCUUUGGAAAUGAACACUUUUGAGGUGAGAUUAGCACCAUUGUUGAACUGACAGCACUUGCAGAGAGGUUGCUUUACUUAUGUACAGAAAAGAUCGAGGCCUGCAGGUUCUCCUAGAAAAUUGGUAACGUAUAAAUAAGGAUUGGAAAUCAGCUUGUAUAUAAAAUGAAGUUCUUGGAUACAUUUGCAUGAUCAGUAUUGCUGGUAAAGUUAUCGGUUGAUCUCAAAACAACAAAUGAGAUAAUUAGCAAACAGAGCUACUUCUGUUUUGCUUAAUCUUUGAAGAGGAAACUGUUUUGACUCUGGUUGAGUGGCAGAAUAGGUGUCUCUUCUGACAAGCCAAACAGACACAGGUUCUUAGCACAAGCACUGAAGUCCAAGCAGAUUUAUGCUGCCCUGCUGUAUUGCCACGUUUGCCAAAAAGUCUCAAUCACAUGCCACAAAGCAAAUGGGGAGCCCUUCAUUUUUGUCUCUUAACUACCUCAUCUACUUCGACCGUGCAAAUGCAGAUGGAGGCUUUUUGAGUGCUCUGGCAGUUGGAGGUGAACCCAGCACCUGCUGGAGUCGAUGGCAGUGUUCUGGGUCCAAUGACUGCUGGAGAAGACUCGUAGGGAAUAGUUACACCAUCAGUACUCCUAUCAUAAAUCUUUCAGGGAAAAAAUGCACCUGUAGCAAUUUUUAAUACUGGGGGAAGGGAAGUAAAGCUCUCCAGCUUUGUUUGUCAGGCAGACCUGCUGUCAAAAACCCCAAAAAAUGCCCACUCAAACAAAAAGCCACUCAAAUUUUUCCAUGUUACUUGAGACUGAUCUACUCUGGUUUAAGUCACUGUUUUUCAUCUCAUAACUGUGAUCAAUGCAACAGUCAAAUAUGCAACAGGAGUGAGUGAUGUACACUGACUGGAACCUUAGUACUAGAAUUACUGUGAAUGAAAUGAAGUAAGCAUGGCAUUGCAGAAAUAUAUAAUGUACAGCUAAUAUGUCCCCCUCGGGUGCAAAACAACUGUUUAUGGACCUGAUACACAUCUUUGGAUAUGUUCACCAUGCUUUUUUUCUUUAUAACUAGCUGUGCAUAAUGCUAAACUUAGUUUUUUGUUUGGUUUAUUUUUUGUACAAGAUGGUCUGAAACGGUCAUAAAAUGUGUCUUCCAUGGUAUAGAAGUUUGAAGCAGAGAAGAAAGGUUUUAAUUUUG